AUGGCGCAGCGCCACCAGGACACGGAGGUCGCAGGGGCUUUGCCCUCCUCCUCACUCAGGGCCGCGACGCUACCCUCCCGCCCGGACACCUCCCCCCGACCUGGGAGCCCCGCGAGACGGGAGCAGACGCCCGGGAAUCCUGCCGUCGGCCCGCGCGUGCGCGCCCCCUGCCAGGCCUCCGACCCGGGGACCGGCCCCCGGCGCCCCGCGCGCCCCCACCUGCAGCACGGCCAGGAUGUCGAACACGGCGUUGGCCUCCUUGCGGCGAUCUGCCAGCACCGCUCUCCAGCAGGCGGCCCAGCGCCCGGCGCGCGCCCCCCCGGGGCUGGGGCUGGUCCCGCCCACGCCGUUGCCGCCGCCGCCCCACGCGAACGCACGGACUCGCCGUCCGGCGCGCUCGACGUCACCGCCCGCGCCGAGGCCUUCGCACGACGUCUCCCGCCCCGCGCCUUCUGGCGUCAUCGCCGCGCGUCUGGCCGAGAGCGGUACGCGGGUCUCGAGGCGGCCGGGCCGGAGCCCGGGAGACGAUUUGGCCGGGCGCGCGCGCUGCUGGAGCGGCUGCAGUGCCGGGCCCGAGAGCGGCAGCGGCGGAAGCAGCAGCAGGAGCCCGCGGGGGCCGCGCAGAACUCGGGGCGGCGGAGGAGGGUGGGUACGCGCAGAGCGAGGCGUGGCGGCGGGUCGCCGGGGAGCCCGCAGGCGCCGCGGGGGAAGCGGCGGAAAGUGGACGGCGAGAACGCGGACGCAGGGAGCGGCGAGGAGGAGCCCGGGGAGAGCAGCGCGAGCGCCCAGGCCGCGGGGCCGCCGGGGGACUCGGGAGAACGGCCCCCCGAAGAGGCUUCGGGACCUCCCGCCCACGCCCUUCUGCUCGGGGGCUUUGAGAGAAGCAGGGCGCCAAAGGUCCAGCCUUUCCUGCCCUCGUGGUUGGCUGAGCCAAGCUGUGUCGGAAAGAGCGUCACCGAAGAUUCGGUGCCUAUCGAGGACAUCCCUGCCGUCCAUCCUGACAUGCAGAAGAAGCUGCGGGCACAUGGCAUCUUCUCCUACUUUCCAGUCCAGGCCGCGGUGAUUCCCGCUCUCCUGGAGAGCACAGCUAACGGCUUUCUGGUGGCCAGGGGCGGCUACCGGCCCAGCGACCUUUGCGUGUCUGCCCCAACGGGCAGCGGGAAGACCCUGGCCUUCGUCAUCCCCGUGGUACAGGCCCUGCUGUGUCGUGCCGUGUGCCAGGUCCGAGCCUUGGUCGUGCUGCCCACCAAGGAGCUGGCUCAGCAGGUGAGCAAAGUGUUCAACGUCUACACGGACGCCACUCCUCUCCGUGUCGCCCUGAUCACUGGGCAGAAAUCGCUGGUCAAGGAGCAGGAGACUCUCGUUCAGAGGACAGCAGACGACUUCCGCUGCUUGGCUGACGUGGUGGUGGCCACCCCUGGCCGCCUGGUGGACCACAUCGACCAGACCCCGGGGUUCAGCCUCCGGCAUCUCCGCUUCCUGGUCAUCGACGAGGCCGACCGGAUGAUCGACAGCAUGCACCAGUCCUGGCUGCCCCGGGUGGUGGAGGCGGCCUUCCCGAGCGAUAGCGCCAAGGACCCCUGUGCUCUGCUCCAGAGGAGGCAGCUCCGGGCCACCACUGCCGCCAGCACCUGCUGCCCUCAGAUGCCGCUGCAGAAGCUGCUCUUCUCGGCCACCCUGACACAGAACCCUGAGAAGCUGCAGCAGCUGGGCCUCCACCAGCCCCGGCUCUUCUCCACGGCGCUGGCACGCGGGGGCCCCAAAGACGCGGACGGGGACUCGGGCGGGAAGUACACCUUCCCCGCAGGGCUCUCGCACUGCUACGUCCCCUGUAGCCUCCGCACGAAGCCACUGGUCAUCCUGCACCUGAUCCUGGAGAUGAACUUUUCCAGGGUCCUCUGCUUUACCAACUCCCGCGAGAACUCACACAGGCUCUUCCUGCUAGUCCAGGCUUUCGGAGGUGUGACGGCGGCCGAGUUCUCCUCCCGCUGCGGGCCUGGCCAGAGAAAGGUGGUCUUGAAGCAGUUUGAGCAGGGCAAGAUCCGGCUCCUCAUCAGCACAGACGCCACGGCUCGAGGCAUUGACGUGCAGGGUGUGCAGCUGGUCGUCAACUACGACGCCCCCCAGUACCUGCGGACCUACGUGCACCGGGUCGGGAGAACCGCCCGCGCGGGAAGAACCGGACAGGCCUUCACGCUGCUGCUCAAAGUGCAGGAGAGGAGGUUCCUCCGGAUGCUGGCCGAGGCGGGGGCACCGGAGCUGGCGCGGCACGACAUCCCCGGCGAGCUCCUGAGGCCGCUGGUCCCUCGCUACGAGGAGGCCUUGUCCCAGCUGGAGCAGGCCAUCAAGGAAGAGCGAAGACAGAAGGCGGCCUAG